AGGCAAAGGGCGAUAAUCGAAUAAUUUAGAACCACUACGUGCUUAUACACUGAAAAAAGCGCUUACAUUAAAAAACACAAUAUCUGCUUUCAGUGUUUUUGCGCUGUUUUUUGUGCACAAAUUUGCCUCGAUUUCGGAUAUCAGCCCUGUUUAGGUCGCACUUAGAGUUGCAAAUUUCACUCUGGACUGUCUGGAUGUUUUGGGUUUAAAAACCGUAUCGCCCAAAUUGGGCCAGAUAGUAUCCGUUUUCAAGGCGAUCUAUUUAUGCAUUAUCGGUUUCAUAUUCCCUCAGUAAGUGGGCACGAAAGUAGGAGAAGAGCAAAACCGAUAAUGAGCCUGAACGGCUCUCAUUUUCAAUAACCCAACCCCACUUUUAAGGGAUACUUAAUCACGAAACCUCGAUGCCUAGCAGAUUCGCCAUGACUACGUGGCAGUUUUCGAGGAGAAAAAAUACGUUUAGUUGGCGCUUUUUCUUCUAAGUGCCCUGUUUCGAGUAGGAAUUAAGGCUUUUUUGCACGACUUGCACAAUUAGAGUAACAAGCGCUUGGAAUUUUCAAGAUGACCACUUCGAGGGGUUCAGUUGAAAAGGAAAAAUGCCCGCUUUUACAGAAAGUGUGAAGAAUCAAUUGACUUUUGCUUUCGCGGUUUUUUCAGCUUCAAAACAUCAACCAGACGAGCCGUUUCUGAUAUCGGAAAUCCGAAGAGGAUCGAUCGCCCAUCGAACUGGCACUUUGCAUGCUGGUGAUCGGUUGCUUGCUAUUGAUGGACGACCCAUCGAUCAUCUGAGCUUGGAGUCCGCUUUCGAUAUCCUCCAAACCUCAACCAAUGACAUAGUGACCCUGAAGGUGGAGAAAACCGAAACGGAGAACUCAAAUCUAUUCUUGGACAGCGUGGUUUACACUGUUGAGCUUCACAGAUACGGCGGCCCGUUGGGCAUUACGAUAUCAGGCAGCGAGGAUUCUGGAGAUCCCAUCAUCCUAUCCAGAUUAACUGAAGGAGGUUUGGCUGAAAAAACUGGGGCCCUUCAUGUGGGUGAUCGAAUUUUGGCAAUAAAUGGAGACAAUUUGGAUCAGCGGCCCCUUUCCGACGCCAUCCGGUUGCUGCAGACAUCAGGAGACAGAGUUCAAUUGAAAAUAGCGCGGCACAUAAAAAAUGAGGAGCCUAGAUGUAGCUAUUCAAGUCCAGGGCUUAUGAGUGUAGACAGCGCUAUACAUAGCUGGGAUAGCAGCAAUACGGGCGACACUCACAACGAACACACUUCGGAACUUAAGGACAUCGAAAGUGUGCUGAGCGAUCAGCUAUCCUAUCAGGAUCAGAUCCACGAGCAGGACAAGGAUCUAACGUUGACUAAAUCGAGAAAAAGGAAUUCUGAGCUGCAGUACUACUCAGAUACUGAGGAAAUGUUCUGUCCCAGUCCGUUGCCUUUGCCGAACUACAAUUUCGGCAACAGCAUGAUUCACUACAAUCACCAUGGGGGCACUAUUGAACGACUCACCGGAUCCUGCAGCACUGAGAAUAUUUUGGAAAGGGAAAUCUAUCACGUUACUUUAUAUAAGGAUUCCAUUUACGACGAUUAUGGUUUUAGUGUGAGCGACGGUCUUUAUGUAAAAGGUGUUUAUAUCAAUAGAAUAAGAAAAGGCGGUCCUGCUGAUAUCGUAGGCCUGUUGAAGCCCUAUGAUAGAAUCAUCCAGGUCUGCAUCAUCAUCUGCAUUUGC